AUGGCCGGCUGCGGAGGUGGCCUGUACGCCGUGCUCGGCGUCUCCAGCGACUGCUCCGACGCCGAGCUGCGCAGCGCCUACAGGAAGCUCGCCAUGAAAUGGCACCCGGAGAGGUUCCACAAGAUCCAGGCAGCAUACGCCGUUCUGUCGGAUCCCAACAAGCGUAUCCUCUACGACGUCGGAGCCUACGACAGCGACGGCGACCGCGACGACGAGGAAGACGGCGAGGGCGAGAGCCUAGGGGACAUGCACAAGCAGUUCGAGGAGCUAUUCCUCAAGCCGGACGCCUACGCCUAUGCGCGCUCUUCCAAGUCAUCAUCGUCGUCGUCCAAGAUAAGUGCCGGCAAGAAGUAA